AUGAUCAAGUCUUUCUUUUUGAAAAAGGCAUUUGACAAGAAAGAGGAUGUCGUAUCGUCUACGUUGAAGAAACAGGCAUUGCAAGGCAACGCACAGGCGCAGUACACGCUGGGGAAAAAGUGCAUCGCCGGCAAGGAUGAAACCAGCGACCAUGAUCGGUCCAUCGCCUUGGAUUGGUUCCAGAAGGCUGCUGAAUCAGGACAUGGGGCUGCUCAGCAUGAGUUGGCUCUCGCUUAUCAGCAUGGCUUGGGUACACCGCAUGAUCCAGUGCGAGCUCUACAGUGGUUUACAGAAUCAGCAACGAUCCAUGAUUAUGGCGACGCACAGUAUCAGCUGGGUACACUGUAUUAUUACGGUAAUUGCGGAGUGCCGCAAGAUUAUGCCAUGGCACAUCAAUGGUUUCUCAAAGCAAGCAGUAAUCUACAGAGCAGCAGCAGCAGUCUUGGAGCAGCACAAAACUCGCUGGGGUUCCUGUAUCAACGAGGGUGGGGAGUAGAGCAGGACCAUCGUCAAGCACUGCAAUGGUUCAUCAAAGCAGCCAGCAACAACAAUAGCAAUGCACAAAAUCAAAUUGGUGUAUAUCACAAAAAAGGACUAGGAGGACUCAAAGUGGAUCAUCGUUUGGCCUUUGAGUGGUACAGUAAAUCGGCAAAAAAUGGGAAUAGUUCGGGACAAUGCAAUCUGGCAUGGAUGUACUAUGAUGGUUAUGGCACGAAACAGGAUUAUGUCAAGGCCAUGAAAUGGUUUCUGAUGGCAGCUGACAACCAUAGCCAUGACGCUCAGUUGCAAGUGGGCGUCAUGUAUCUGAAUGGAUUAGGUGUGAAACCAGACAACAUGAUGGCAUUGAACUAUCUGACUUUGGCUGUUGAAAAUGGGAAUCAGCAUGCUCAGGAAUACAGGGACUAUCUCUCUGAUUUGUUGGACAAUGAAAAGGUAGAGACAUCUGCUGCUGGUUUCAGUACUAUCGCAAUGACGCACAAGAAAUCUAUGUCCAUGGAUGAUACGACACGUCUCUAUACGAAUGAAGCGCUAUCCAACACACCUAGACACUAUUCUCAUCAGACUUAUACGAGUAAUAAAAGCAAGUAA